ACAUUUACGAAUAAUUUCCGUUGAACGACAGCAAGUUCAAGAGCAAGAGCGUCGGACUGUUCUUGAAUUCAGGCUGUGAUCUGCUAGCACAAAUCCAAUAGACCACUGAAUUACAUUGGUAAAUCGUGAUAAAAUUGUCAAAAAUGUGGAUCACAUUAGUUUAAGUGUCGUUUUUUAAGUUUGGCCGCAAAUUCCAACUCUAAAAUCUAAUACAUAAGUGUUUGAGAAAUACUUGAAAAUGUUUGGGAAAAACACUCGACUCAUCACAAUCACGACGAUAUUAUAUUCGAUAUUCAAUUCGGCGAUAGCAAGAAUAAGUACACAGUGCGAAGGGGGCGGCGGAUUGAAAUACUUGUGGGGAGAUGCACUUUCUGACAGUCCAGAAUGUACAGGACCUAAUAACAUGCCAUAUCCAAGUGCCGCCAUAGAAAGGUCGUUCAGAGGAUCUAAUCCAUGGUCUGGAAAUUUUAGAAGUGGGAGAUCUCAAAAGACGAUCGAUCCUUUCCUUACAAGAAAUGCUUUACUUGCAGCCCAUCAACAGAAUAUUGGAGAAGCUCCUUCGUUAACCAGAAAAGGUCGAGCUGCGAAUGUUUCUCCAGCGGGACUAUGUCCUGGAACCCCGGCAAGAUUAUGCAAAACCCGGUACAACACCACAGCUCCAAUGUACGGAGUUUCAUUAACAUCGGGUCAACCAGUAACAAUCGUGCAAAAAUUUCCUGAUCUACUCCAGCAAGUAGUUUUUGAGGUAAUAUAUGUUCGCCCGAAAAAAAUCUGCAGAAAUAUAUACUGCGAACGUCACAAAAAAUAAUAAAAAAUUUUCGAAAGCAGUUGAUGUUGAACAGUUACUACGGCAC